GGAUAUUUAGGGACACUUUGCAAUUUCGAUCCAAUACAUUUUUAUGAGAUAAAGUAUUUGGCCUUUUCGAAGGUCUUUAAAUAUGGCGGCGUUUUUAGGACGCGUUUCUGGUCGUAAUUUGCAAAUUUCGUGUCGAAAAUUAUUGUCUGGAUGUUUAGAGAGAGGCCAGGUUAGUAACCGACAUCUAGUUGUUUUCAUUUGUACUGAUUUUAUGUAAAUCAUGAGAUAUGGCAAACAGGCAAAGCAUUUGCAAAUAUUUCAUAAAAUACUCACAUUUUACUGAACAUGAUCAGAUUUCAUUUCUACAUAGACAGAUAAGCAUCAUAGGCUGAACUCUGAAGCACAAAAGUACACACAAUAGUUGAAAACAUAAGCAGAGAAUAUACCUAAGCAUGUACACCAAUGUACCAAACUGUCCAGAUAAAAAAAUGCCAAAACAAUUAUAAUUUUACAAUUGUUACAUUGAGACACAUGAGUCAUAUUGUUUUACUGCUGUUACAUUAGGCACGUACGUUUGGCGUCAGUAGCAAGUGUUGCCUGGAUCUUCAGGAAUAUCAAAGUAAAGAACUGAUGAAAAAUCAUGGAAUUAAUGUUCAGAAAUUUCAAGUAGCUGAUGGUGAUAACGAUGUGUCUGAAUUAGUGAAGAAAUUAGGUAUACAUUUAAUUAGCAUAAUUAUUAUUUCUAACUUUACAAGUUUACUCGUCAAAGGGGGAGUGAUCAACCUGACACUUGUGUGUUAAUCAGACGACCAGCACAUGUAAGUAACCUAUUAAUCCUUAAACCAAUACCAGCCGACAAUUUCAAAAAAUAUAGUACAAAACAUAAUCCGAAGAUAAGCAUCUUGAAACCCAAAAUACGAGUCACUUUCUUGUGUGACUCAUAUUUUGGGUUUCAAGAUGCUUAUCUUCAGAUUAUGUUUUGUACUAUUAAUCCUUUAAGUGGCAAUUUGCACUAAUCUGCCUUAAUGAACCGUCUAACACCAGAUAAUUUUAUUCAUCAAGGGGAGAGUGCUGGUUCUCAAUGGGUUAAUGGGAUACAUAAUAAUAAAACUUACUGUUGUAGAUGUCAGUGAGGUUGUGAUCAAAGCUCAGGUGUUGGCCGGAGGGCGUGGCAAAGGAACGUUUAGCAGUGGUUUGCAAGGUGGAGUGAAACUGAGUAAAAAGUAUGAUCUUGCAGUUAUUUUACAGUUUUCUUUCCUAUUUCAAUAUGUCUCUUUGCAUAUCAGAGCUUCUGAGGAGUGAGACUAAUAUCCUUGUUCUAUUUCUUCAGUUUUGACGAAAUUCCAUCCAUUGUUGAUCAGAUGAUCGGUCAUUCCUUAGUCACAAAACAAACUGGCAAAGAUGGAGUUCUUGUUCGUAAGGUACCCAAAGUUCAAAUGUUGUCAAUAUAAGUUAUGAACUCAUCUGUCAAUCACAGUAGUGUAAACACAACUUUAGGAAUAGACAGCUUAAUGUAUUUUUCUGUGAUUGUUCAUCUCUACUUACAGAAGUCUGACUUCUUGUCGGCCCCUUUGAUGUUGACAUAACUAGCUGUGCCAUGCCAUGAUUUCCAAUUGCAAAGCUCUCACCAUGUUCCUAGUACUAACUUAAAGGAACUUGUCACCCCCCUGAAAAAGUCCAAAAUGGCCGCCUUGAUAUAGACAUUCAGGGGGGGGCAAGUGUCUCUUGUAAGCACACUGGCUAGGAACAUAGCAACAGCAUUGCGAUUGUGAAUUAUAGUGUGGCUGCAUUUACGGGUUUUUUGGCUGAAGUCAAACCUAUGUAUUGUAUAUAAUCUGUGAUCAAGGACAGCCGGACACUAUCAUUUCUCUACAGACCAUUAUUUAAUUUAAUUUUAAAAAACAGUACUCAAUUUCAACAGGUGAUGCUAGGUGAAGCACUAGACAUCAAUCGUGAGACAUACCUGGCUAUAUUAAUGGAUCGUGCAUUUGAGGGACCUGUGAUUGUGGCCAGUCCAGAAGGUGGUGUGGAUAUAGAAGAAGUAGCAGAGAAAACACCUGAUAAAAUUUAUAAAGUAUGAUUCAGUAUAUCUUUCCCAUAAUAACCAGGCUUGCCGAGAGGAGCAGGUGGGGGUCAGGGGGGGGGGGUGGCAUGGGGGCAACUAGCCUCUGAAUCAAAAGGGUGACCAAAGCAACAAAUGCCCUUAAAAUUUCUUGAUACAAGAUUGCUUAAGUGAGAAUAUAAAUCUGCUGCGCAAGUCCUGGUUAAUAUGCAAUAAAGUGCAACAUAUUGUAAAACACCACUUCUCCCAUUUUACAAUAAUAGCAAUUAAUAAGUUCUUUGAGCAGCGAUGUUUUUGUCAACAUCACUCAUUUAAGAAUAAGGAAGCAAAAUAUUUUAAACAUCUUAGGUUUUCUCAAAUGUGUUGAAGAUUGCCGUUUUUAAACCACGUCUUAAUUACAGUUUUUAAGCCAGGUCAAAAUUUUCCCCUGGGAAAGUUUUGCUCUGAGCCCUGCACAACCUCUCGGCAUGCAGCCCUGAUAUUAACAUCAACAUAAUGCUUUCAAAUCUGGACUAGAGUUUUACCAUAACAAUGUCCAAAGAUAGUUUCAAACAAAAUCCUCUUUAGUCUUAUCUUUCGGGCUUUUUUUUUUCAUUUUUAGUUUCCAGUUGAUAUAAAUAAAGGAAUCACAAAAGAACAAGCGUUGGACUUAGCGGACAAAUUACAUUUCAAAGGAUCAUUAAGAGACGAAGUACUGUAUUCGUUCAGUUCAAUGGACAACUUGCAUGUUAGACUAAAUUUUAAUCGAAGUAAAGACAAGGGAAUCAAACACCACAGCUAAAAAGAACAUAGUAAAAUUGCAAAAUUUGGUUGCGAAAUGCUGUAAAGGUUGGAAAAUAUAGCCUUGCAAAGUUUCCAAAUUUUGUAUAUGUUUGUAUCACGUGCCGAAAUUGUUACCAUCUUCGGCUCAAAAAUAGUAACAAUUUCCACACGUUAUUCAAACAUAUACAAAAUAUGCAAACUUUGCAAGUUAUAUUUUCCGUAUUUUACAACAUUUCGGAACCCCCAAUUUUGCAAUUUUACUAAUUUUAAUUUGCCUAGAUGAAAAAUUAGUCUAACAUGCAAGUUAUCUAUUGUUUCUCUUAUUUUGCACGAUAAAUAAAUUUAAAAUAAUUAAUAUACCAUGUAUAUCAGGGUCUUAGCUAGGAUUUAAGAUCUUGGGCGUGUUUCUAAAUGACCAGGGUGUGCCCAUGUCAAUUACCUUGAAUGGCCAAAUUCACGGUAUUAGUUAUGCUCGCCAACAACAGACAAUGCCUGUGGUUGUUGUAUGCUUUGCAACCAAAUACAAGGCGAGCAUACGCUCACAUCGCGUACUGACAUUGAAAUAGUAAGUUAAUUCAGCAACUCUUGGGGGUAUUUAAAGCCAUUUUAACACCAUAUGGUUCCCAUUAUCCAUCAAAACAUUAAAACAUCACGGAUCACUUUUGCCAAUUUCAAAAAUUACAGUAGAUUUUACAAACUUUCUUACGACGUAAAUAGAAAGAAAUCUGUCUGUUGUAAGUAGCAACACCUUAUUUUAUGAACCUACACGGCCUUAUAUAAAUAAUGAAGCCGCGUUCGUUUUAUCUAGCCGUGUUUUUCCAUUUUUGCCCGCAAUAACACGGCCAACACGGCCCUCUAGCUAAGACCCUGAUGUAUAUUGUACUUGUAGGCAGCUGUGCAAAUCGAGAGGUUGUACGAACUGUUUAUUGCUCGUGACGCAACACAAGUUGAGGUUAACCCGCUUGGAGAAACUGAUGACGGACGAGGUAUGUGACAGAUUUGUGCUAAAUUGUCCUCGCUAGAGGUAGCGCAGGUUGUUACAUAUCUGCCAACAAGUUGCAACGAGCUUGUUGUCAUCAACUUGUUAAAAAUGUGUUGCGUGCAGACGAUAUCAGACUUGUUGGAAUAACUUGUUGCGAGUCUGUUGACCUCAUUAAUCUUGUUACAAGAUGAUAUGUUCCUUGAUUUCCUUCUUUCUUUAUCCAUUGUGCUAUAGUCGUAUGUUUUGAUGCUAAAAUAAAUUUUGACGACAACGCCAAGUUUCGACAAAAAGAUUUGUUCGCAAGUGAAGAUAUUGCAGAGAAAAACCCGAGAGAAGUCGAAGCGGAGAAACAUAACCUAAAUUACAUUGGAAUGGACGGCAACAUCGCAUGUAUAGGUAAAAUUGUCACCUUUGCAUGACCUUUUAUCACGUGGACUGCUCAGAAGCAGUCGUAAUAUAUUCACCGCUAAAAUAUGUUCACCGAUUUUAGGUAAUAUAGAAACAGGUCCCUGAUUGAACGUAAAAUAAAAAUCAACUCCUUUGAAUUUUUAAAGUGGCACUGUCAUCAAAAUUUUUAUUCUCUUAAACGAAAAUGCUCGUAAAAGUGUAAAACUGUAUAAUAACUUGUUUUGAAGAUUUUUGGCCCCAUGCUUAGUUCUUGAGAUAUUUCAUUUUGUUUGUAAGCAUGUGACGUCAUUUACUCAAUUACAUAUAUAACUAGAGGGCACUCAGAGACUGCAUACCUCCGCCUACGCGCAAAAUAUUGAAGUAAUCUAUUGUUAUUAGAAUUUGAAUGGCUGGUGCAUAUAUUAUGCACGUCCUAAUUACGCAUUCAGUAUAAGUUUUAUUUAAUUGACCGGGAAAAGCAAGACAAACUUUUGUUAUUUCUCAUUCAAUUUUUAACCAAAUUGAACCAAAUUUUAAUCAGUUCUUCCUUAGUCGAUGGGAAAUGCACUCACAAAAUUUCGUACGGAUAUGUUUGGUAUUUCUUCAGUUAUCGUGCUCACAGACAAACACACACACACACAUACACACACACAUACACACACACACACACACACACACACACACACACACACACACACACACACACACAUACAAACCCAGAUGAUUACAUAACCUCCUGGCGGAGGUAAAAACCCAGAUGAUUACAUAACCUCCUGGCGGAGGUAAUGAUAUAUCAGUAAUUGUUGUGUAUCUUUUCUAUUUUUGAUGAAUUUGUUAAAAAAACCAGUAUGCUUAAUGAUGUAGGUUAAAUUAAUAAACGCGCCGCAUCUUUCGAAAGAUUUUGAUAAAAAAUAGCAAAGAUACACAACAAUUACUGAUAUCUCAUUAUAUAUGUAAUUGAGUAAAUGACGUCACAUGGUUACAAACAAAAUGAAAUAUCUCAAGAACUAAGCAUGGGAACAAAAAUCUUCAAAACAAGUUACAAUACAGUUUUAAGAGCAUUUUCGUUUAAGAAAAUAAAAAUUUUGAUCUUUAAUCUUUAAUCUUUCUAGAGUUUCACAUUAAAUAGUAAAUACUAAAUACUAAUUUACAAUGUGAAUUACAUUUAAACUGUAUAAAAAAAAAUUAACUAAGACUAAUGUUAAGAGUCAAUAUUUACAAGUAAUCUUAAAUAAAAAUUUAAAAAUUUUUGAAAGAAUUCGAUUAAUUUACUUCGACUCCAGCGUUCGGUUAAAACAUUCAAUCCCACACACUAUUGGGCUAUUUUUAAAUGAUGACAGUGCCCAUUUAGCACUCCCCCAGACACAACCUUGACUGUAUUUGUAAUUUUGUAAAAGCACCUGAUAGUUAUUCACCUUACUAUGCCAAACGUAGGGAUCAUGUCUAGAUAGUAUUUUACAAUAAGCUGGCGUAGUUGCGUCUGAACUGUUUGGGAAAAGAAAAAAAUAUUUGAAUAGUGCACUUUUUGAGCAAAGGUUCUUCGUCAGGAAAUAAGCAGCUUCCUAUUUUGUUUUGCAGUGAAUGGCGCGGGCCUUGCCAUGGCAACCAUGGACAUGAUCAAACUUCAUGAUGGUGAGCCUGCAAACUUUUUGGACCUCGGUGGUGGUAUUCAAGAGGAGGGUGUUCAUCAAGCUUUUAAAAUUAUUGCGUCCGAUGAAAAUGUAGGUUCGGUUUUGUUUGUUUGUUUUUUGUUUUGUUUUGUUUUGCUUUGCUUUGCUUUGCUUUGUUUCAUUGUGGGAAGCAUGGGUAGCAGAUACGUUUGGCGAGUUACUACUUACUACCAGGAUCGCCACGGGCAAUUGGAAACAAAGUUUUCAUCUGGCGACCAGAUGUUCGCUAAUGGUAUUAAUUUAAUUGAGAAAAAAACUUAAAGUAAUUACUAAAGCGUUAAAAUAUCUCAGUCAAACAGUAUUUCAUUCUGCUUUUCAAAUAAUUUGCCAACAUGUUUUUUAUGUUAUCUACAUGCAUUAUAAUCAUGUGUUUUAGGUAAAAGCUAUUCUCGUGAACAUUUUUGGUGGGAUUGUAGAUUGUGAGAUGGUCGCGAGAGGUAUUCAAGCCGCUUAUGAAAAAUUGAAGGUUGAUGUUCCUUUAAUUGUACGAUUGGAAGGUAAACACACUGUUUUCAAUUUGAACAUUUAUUACUUACGUACUUUCAAGCAUUCAUUCAUUUCUCGAGACAUUCAAUGUGAAAUAUGCGGUUUUCUGAUGAGGGCUUUUAGAGUUCCAGUAUAGAUUUCAAACUCUAAAUUUACAAAAUGAAGGUUGGAUGAAAGUUAACUACGUUUUAACUUAACUAGUAUACAUUAUAGUGUUGAGAGCAUUAAGAAUAGGUAACCAAGGUCACGUGACUGCCAACUCUCAUGCGGUCUUCCCCCAUUGAACUAAAUAAGUAAACUGGAAGGCUAACGGUAUAUACUUCAUGUGACCCCUAUUAUAAUGUAUCAAGGCUGAUCCCUGACCCCCGCCCCUAACCUCUAACCCCGAGUGGUAGUUCAAUGUCUCAGCCUCGUUUGAUCCCGGUUUAAAGAACGUCAGGGUUAAACACUGGACCAGUAAGAGAUACCUCUUUCUGAAUCUCUCUAGAGAACAGUUUAGAACUGACAGAAUUAUAUCCAGUAUAAAUAAAAGGGAAGGGUUGACAUGGCCAUUUCUUGCAGGAACGAAUGUGAUGAGAGCAAAAGAGGUACUAAAUGAACUCAAAAACAGUGGCAUACCUGUGACAACCGCUGAUAAUCUUGAUGAAGCCGCGAUGAAAGCUGUUAACAGCUUAUCUACAUAAGAUCAUUGCAAGAAUCUGAACGGGUAUUUACUGUAACUGAAUAUGGGGCCUUUUCCUAACUGGUUAUAACUUGGCCAUUCUUUUAUGUGUAAAUACGUAUACCGCCAUUUUCAUCGAAGAAUGAACAGUCGUAGAAAUCCUUAGAAGAAUACUCAUUCUUGGAUGGAAAGACGCUUACGAGAGUAGAUUUGGGCCAUCUGGCAUGGAAGAUAAAAUUAUAUUUUAGUGCUACUUAGGAAUUGUCGCAAUUAACACACAACGUUCAUACUCUGUUCGUCAUUACAAACAAAUCACGAACCGUUAUAACUCUCGAGAUUGCUAUGAUUUGCUAAAUUGUCAUGUUUUAUCACAGAUUAUCCUAGCUAUAAAUAUAAUAUAUCAGUUCAACAUUUGCUCCAACAAAUUCCGAA